AUGGCAGGUAACGACUACCGAGGCAGUCAUCGAGGCGAUGAUUACAGAGUUCACAAACCCUACAGAGGCGGCCGAGGAACCGGAAACCGAGGCAGCCACACCAACACUCACAGAGGUGGCGGCAGAGGCAACCAUAGAGGACACCGUGGUGACGGUCGAUCCCGCCGAAAUGACCGAGACGACGUCUCGAAUCGGUCACCGGCUGCCCAAAUGCGACGCAACUCGAGUCUCGAGGAAGCCGUCAAUGCCAGUGUCACAACCAUGGACCCAGUCCGAAUGUUCCAAGAAAGAAAGGCUGCCACCGAUGCUGCCACAGCGGCCAUGACGGCAAUGCCAACACCGCCACUCCCCGAGCAUGCCAACCCGUGGGGGUCACUUCUUCGCAAACUUGAGCUCCGAGAGCAAAAGAGAGCGAGACAAAUGAAAGAGGACCAGGCUCCCAGCGCCAACACCUCUUCACAUGACGAUUCAUAUCUCUGGGACAUGCCAGCAGGCGUUCCAUCAAACGCACCUGGCACCACGUCUGGUGCCGGUUCCUCCCAAUCGGCCACAGAGGGCACAACCGCUCAGGCACUGGUAGAACAAGAACAGCCCGAGAUCAUCCGUCCUUCUCCACUCACAGCAGGAAGCGCCCUGUUGCAGCAGAAUCUCAGGUUGGCAAGUCUGCCAUACUCUGUACAACACCUGAAGUCGCUGGAACUUUCAAUGAUUCUACAUGUGACCCAGCGGCUUUCCCAUGAGAUCGGCCAGCUCCACUCUGGCAAUGUCCCAAAUCUCGCCGAAGUUACGGCAUUUCUACACCUAUCCAGGUCUCUCCGCGGGCUCGAAAAUGAGACAUGGGCCACCCUUGACAACUUGGUGACGCAAACCAAGGACCUUCAUCGGUCGGUUGGACACACUUUGCGCACAGAAAAUCUGGCGUUCCUUCGACGGCUCUUACCCCUGAUGCAGAGUUGCACAGAUGUCAUGGAGCGGGCUUCCGGAGGUUGCAUUGCCAUAUGGCAGACCACGGCAACACUUCCUUCGGCUGACGAUGUGGCCAAGGAUUGCCACUUGAGGCUCGGUAAGCUCAAUACAGAUUCCAAGAAUUCGUUGGGUGGCCUUCGUGGCCGAGCGGAGCGUGCUGUUGGUGAUAAAGUGUUGAUCGAGGCGUCAGGUUUGGGUAGACCUGAAGCUCGACGAGCACUCAGCAUUCCAGAAUGGAUCAACGGUCUCGAAAAGACGGUUACUGCCAUCUUCGCAGCAUGUCCAGGACCGAUAAUUCGACGCGUCAGUGGGCUAGCGGUUGCAGACAAGUCUACUCCGCUGACUGAUCAGGAGUUUCAAGAAUCAGCCUGCCAUCUGAAGGCGCUAUCUGUCGCGAUCUUGGAUACAGCCCUUCCCGAACAGCUGAUGAGACAUGUAAAAUUCUUGAAAUCCAAAUACUUGGCCUCGUAUGCCUUGUACCAGAGAGAACAGGAUAGAUGGACAAAAUUGUGGGAACCUGUCCAUGAAAGUUUACUGGACGCCCUGAGCAUCCAUAAAGACAGGGCCCGCGAACCCUUUCCCGAUCAGCAGGAGCUGGACAAGCAUCAGUCCCGCAUGGAUCUUGAGGCUGCAGUGACCUCCACGCAGGUGGACCCAAUAGUACCAACAGCUGUCCCUGUCUCCCGACAUGGAUGA